GCAAGACUCUGUCUCUAAAUAAAUAAAUAAAUAAGAAGUCUCUCCUCUUCCUUCCUCCAUGGAUCUGCUUAUUCAGGACAGCCCUGAUUCUUCCACCAGUCCCAAAGGCAAACAACCCACUGCUGCAGAGAAGAGUGCCACAAAAAAGGAAGACAAGGUCCUGGUCAAGAAACAGAAGACUAGAACUGUGUUCUCUUCCACCCAGCUGUGUGUACUCAAUGAUAGAUUUCAGAGACAGAAAUAUCUCAGCCUCCAGCAGACGCAAGAACUCUCCAACAUCCUGAACCUCAGCUACAAACAGGUGAAGACCUGGUUCCAGAACCAGAGAAUGAAAUCUAAGAGGUGGCAGAAAAACAACUGGCGGAAGAAUAGCAAUGGUGUGACUCAGAAAGCCUCAGCACCUACCUACCCCAGCCUCUACUCUUCCUACCACCAGGGAUGCCUGGUGAACCUGACUGGGAACCUUCCAAUGUGGAGCAACCAGACCUGGAGCAAUUCAUCCUGGAGCAACCAGACCCAGAACAUCCAGUCCUGGAGCAACCACUCCUGGAACACUCAGACCUGGUGCACCCAAUCCUGGAACAAUCAGGCCUGGAACAGUCCCUUCUAUAACUGUGGAGAGGAAUCUCUGCAGUCCUGCAUGCAGUUCCAGCCAAAUUCUCCUGCCAGUGACUUGGAGGCUGCCUUGGAAGCUGCUGGGGAAGGCCUUAAUGUAAUACAGCAGACCGCUAGGUAUUUUAGUACUCCACAAACCAUGGAUUUAUUCCUAAACUACUCCAUGAACAUGCAACCUGAAGACGUGUGAAGAUGAAUGAAAUUGAUAUUACUCAAUUUCAGUCUGGACACUGGCUGAAUCCUUCCUCUCCCCUCCUCCCAUCCCUCAUAGGAUUUUUCUUGUUUGGAAACCACGUGUUCUGGUUUCCAUUAUGCCUAUCCAGUCAGUCUCAUGGAGGGUGGAGUAUGGUUGGAGCCUAAUCAGAGAGGUUUCUUUCUUUUUUCCUACUGGAUCUUCCCUGAGAAAAGAUAUUUUAAUAACCUUGGCUGCUAAAGACAACUUGAUAGAAGCUGUCUCUGGCUAUAGAUAAGUAGAUGUAAUACUAGUUUGGGUAUCUUUAGGGUUUAGAAUCUAACCUCAAGAAUGAGAAAUAAGCUGGGCAUGGUGGCUCACGCCUGUAAUCCCAGCACUUUGGGAGGCCAAGGCGGGCAGAUCACAAGGUCAGGAGAUCAAGACCAUCCUGGCUAACACGGUGAAACCCCGUCUCUACUAAAAAAUACAAAAAAAUUAGCUGGGCAUGGUGGCGGGUGCCUGUAGUCCCAGCUACUCGGGAGACUGAGGCAGGAGAAUGGUGUGAACUCGGGAGGCGGAGCUUGCAGUGAACUGAGAUCUUGCCACUGCACUCCAGUCUGGGCAACAGAGCAAGACUCUGUCUCAAAAAAAAAAAAAAAAAAAAAAAAAAGAAUAAGAAGUUGAUGUGAUGGAGAUAUAUUCCUAUUGUUUGGGAUUGGGAGGCUUUGUUUAUUUUUUUAAAAACUCUAUUGAGGCCGGG